AUGGCGGCGCCGAGCCGCGGACUCGCCCCUGCUGUCGCGGCGGCUCACCUCCCGGGGCCCCGUCUCUCCCCGUCGCCUCCCGCUGUCUCUUCCAAUCCGCAAUGUCGACAGCUGUCGGCGCGGCUGCUGAUCUGCGCUGCAAAACGACAGUCGAGAGAAGUGCCAGAUUUCGCGAGAAGACGCAAGCUGCAUGCACGGAGAACUCCUUCCCGGGUGCGCUGCCUUUUCUCUUCACAGUCUUCGUCCCGUCUCUUGCCGGCUCGACCGUCUCUGUCUCCCUCUUCUCCCUCUUCUCCCUCUUCUCUCUCUUCUCCCUCUUCUCUCUCUUCUCUCUCUGCUCUCUCUGCUCUCUCUUCUCUCUCUUCUCUCUCUUCUUUCUCGUCUGUGGCUGCAUUUCCACUUGUAGGUUCUUCCUCGGGUUUCUCUUCUCGACCUGCUUCUUCGUUGAGGGAGGGAGAGGACGAGGCUUCUCCGGCUCUUCGCGUCGCGCGCCAAAGGCGGCACGAGUGCCUCCGCGCCUCGCCCCCGCGGCCAGAGGAAGCGACCGGAAACGACGGGCUCUGUUUCGAGAAAAGACGCGAUCUGGGAGAGACGGAGGCGGAGGGAACAGCGGGGAGCGCGUCUCCAAACGAGGCGCGCGUUUCCGCAGGCGUUUCCGCAGCUGUCCCGCGCGCACGUCUCAGCGAACAGGCAUCCCUGCGGACACGUCAGAAGUGGGGAUCAUGGACAGAGAGAGACGAGGGCGCCUUCGACGUGCACGCCUCGAGAAAAGCCGAGAAACCCCGGCCGGGCGUCGGACGCCGAGCAGCCUUCCUCGCGGCCUCGGUGACGCAAGGCAGCCUCAGCGCCGAAGACAUGCAGUUUGCAUGCACAGAAAUGGCCGGCAAAAGACUGCCGCCGAGUGCACCUUUCUGGAACGAAGUCGCCGAUGUGAUCUUUCACAGGUGUUACCUGGAAAUCCCCGAUUCGGAGUCUCCCGCCUUCUCUCGGCCUUCUCACGUCUCGCGUUCUUCCUCUUGUGCCUCGCUUUCCCCUGCGUCAGCGGCAGCUCUGUCUCUCAAACAGCUGGCCGAAAGCAGGCGAGCCGCGAGAGGAAAUUUCGGCCAUGAGGGAGAUCGCGCCUCAGACAGCGGAGCCGCAGACACGCCAGAAUCCUUUCAGGCGCUGCUUGUUGCUUCGUCCUCCGUGCCGCCGUCUUCCCUCCUCACUGUCUCUGGUCUCUGCGCGACGGUCCACGCUUUCGCGCGAGGCGGAGUCCCCCCUCGCCCUCUCUCUUCUCUCUCUUCCUCUCUCUCUUCCUCUCCCUCGUCCUCUCCUCCUUCCUCUCCUUCUUCUCCUUCCUCUCCUUCUCCCUCUUCUUCUGUUUCUUCUCCCCCUUCUUCUCCCUCUUCUUCUCCCUCUUCUCGCGCUGUUUCUGUUUCUUCUCUUUCUUCCGCGUAUCCCUUCAGCUGGUCGCGGGGCUUGGAAGGCCCCAAGGCUGUGCCACGCGCGGGGCAAGUAUAUGCCCUAGGAGCCUUGGCGUUCUCCGCGCUGCCUUUCGCGUUUCGAGGCACCGACCUCGCCGUGCUGACUGGUGCGUUGGUAAAGGCAGGAUUCAAGGAGAAACCGUUCUACGCGUCGGUCCUCGAUUUCCUCCUCGCAACUCCUCGGUCUCCCGCUUCUCUCGUGUCUCCUCUCGUGUCGCCUUUGUCCGUAUCGCCCUCCGCACUGGGCUCUCCAGCUGCCUCGCCUUCUCCGUCGCGGCCAGGUGCCGGCAUGAUCGCGUUCCUUGAUUUUGAGCCGCGCGCCGUCGCCACGCUCUUGCAUGCACUCGCUGCCUCCCCCGUCGAGCUCCCGCGGGCCUCGGCACUCCGCGUGUUCCAUCUUUUUGCAGACCACCUUUUGACUCCUCUCUCACCGUCCCGUUCCUCUCUCGAACCCCCCCCGGCCGCUUCGCCAGCUCGCAGCCGACAUUCGCCCUCGCAAAAAGAAGUCGGUCCAUUCCCCCCUUCUCUGUCUCCUCGUUUGUCUUCUCCUGCCUCUCCUUCUUCUCCCUCGUCCUCUCCUUCUUCUCCCUCGUCCUCUCCUUCUUCUUCUACCUCUCCUUCUUCUCCCUCGUCUUCUCCUUCUUCUUCUACCUCUCCUUCUUCUCCCUCUGCCUCUCCUUCUUCUUCUUCUACCUCUCCUUCUUCCCCGUUUUCUCCUGCUGUGCCGCCAGGUGCUGCUGCUUGCGCUGCCUCUUCGGUCGCUGCGUCUUUGGUGCCUUUUGAGUCUGUUCCUUGCGCGUUGCCGCUUUGGGACUUGUCGUUGGCCGCUCUGGCGACGGUCCUGCGCGCCUUCCUCAAGGUGCGCUGCAACCGCCCAGACCUGCUCGAGGCCGCGCGCCGCCACCUUGACGCCGUCGUGUUGCCUUCGCUGGCGACUCGACCUCGCCCCGACGCGUCCCUGGCGGAGACGCCUCCCAGCGACCUCCGCAAGGGACAGGCCAGCGGCUCAGCCCUGCUCUUUCGCGCAGCGGUGUGCACGCCUCGAGGCAUGUCUGUGACGCAGUCCCUGGUGAUCUUCUUCGACAUUCUCUCGGCGCAACUCGCCGGCGUCCUCGCGGCUCCACUCACCGGCGUCGACGCGCGCGAACGCAUUCUGCGCGGCGAGGCCUGGGGACAAACCCGAACGAUGCAGACGCGCCGUCUGCAUGCACCGCCGCAAGCAAAGGGAACGCGCUGGCCGGAAGCUUUCCCCUCGCCGACGCCCGCCUCCCAGGAGGGCGGGGAGCAGAGCGGUCCGCGGCUCACGCUCAGCAAGCUAGCCAACGUCUUGGAGCCUCGGGUCCCCGCGAUGGACCUCGGCGGGGUCAUGACGGUCUGCUUCGCGCUCUCGCGCGUUGCCCACCUCCAGGACGAGCUGCACCCCCUCGUCGACGCAGUCGUUCGACGUGCGCGCCUCGCGAUGCUGCGAGCGGCGCGAAGCGCACGCAGUGCAAGGUCUGUCGAGCCGCCAUCAGAAAAAGACAGAGAGGACGCACAGACGCAGGGAAGCGAGUCUGGGAAAGGAAAGCUGCAGUGGCAGGAGAGGGAGAAAGAAGGCAAAUGUGCGUUAAAAGGCAGUGAGGACAAGGGAAGGAAGUUGGGAAAAGCGCAGGAAGGACGUUUGCAGUCCCCGUCUGGGGCAAAACCCGAGCAAGCUGCAGAAGUCUCCGAACCGAACGAGGACUUUCUGACGUGCCGUGACGUCAGCAAUUUCGCGCAAACCUUUGCCAGGCUGAACGUCGUGGACGCGGGCUUUCUCCGAGCUCUCGACACCUGGGUGCCUGGCCACGCUUCGGCCUUUUCGCCGCAAGACCUCGUCGGAAUUCUCUACGCGUAUCGACAGCUCCGGCACGUUCCGGAUGCAGCCGUGCGCGACGCCGUUUUCUACGCUCUCUUCUCAGCGACCGAUCGCCUUCUGCCUUUCUCUCGCCUCCGCGGUGCGUCUGUCUUCCCCGGUGCGCAAGCGACUUUCUUCGCCGUCUGCAAUCAUCUUCUGCAACAUUCUUCUCUUCGCUUCCACUGCUCGUCCGCUCUCUCUUCUUCUCCCUGUUUCUCGUCCUCCUCGCCCUCCUCUUCCCUCUCUCUGUCGUCUCCCGGGGCUGCCGUUUUCCAGUGCGCGGCUGUGCGACCGGGAGAGUCAGAGAGAGAGCGCGAAGAAUGCGCCCCGCAGUCCAGAGCUGGCCAGAGACAGCGGCUCGGCAGGGACCGACGAGGCAAAGAGGCACGCCCCCAGCAGGAGAAGGCGCAUGCAUGCAUCGAGCUCACUGCGUUGCACCUCGUGCCCGUGGUCGGCGCUCUCGGGCGGAUGGCGGUUCGGCACGAGGCUUUCUUCGAGGCAGCCGGAAACUUCUUCUGCUCAGACGGACUGGAACGCGCGUUCGUCUGGGAUUUGCAGUCUCUCAAGGACGCCUACGCCCGAGUUGGCUUCGAUCAUCCUCAGCUUUCGGCGAUCAUCGAUAAACACCUGAGCUGUCUGCCGGCUUCCCCUUCUUCGCGCGAGAGCGAAAACUCGCAGAUUUGA